AUGGAUACGAGACAAUUUGACGGUCUUAGCCAGCGGCACGUCAUUGCCGAUAAGAGCAAGCCAUUCACGGAACGGCGCGACGGCGCGAAACUAAACAAUGGCGCCCAUAAUUCUUGGUCCAGAUAG